AUGACCCACCUCUUCUUGGCAGAUUGCAACUGGAGAUUAGCAGAAGCUGCAAGUGCAAUUGAUUGUGGUGAUUGCUUCAAAUCAUUGAGCAUGUCGUCCCUAAGGAAUGCUAUUAGCAGGCGGGCUCGCAAGGAACGAGCUCAACCGGAAUCGAGGAAAAAAUUUGGGCUUCUUGAAAAGCACAAGGACUAUGUUGAGCGUGCAAAAGCAUAUCACAAGAAGGAGGAGACUUUACUGAGACUGAAGGAGAAAGCGGCCUUUAGAAACCCAGAUGAGUUCUACUUCAAGAUGAUCAAGACUCGAACUGUUGAUGGAGUCCAUAAAUUAGAGAAUCAGGCAAACAAGUACACUCCAGAAGAGCUCUUACUUAUGAAGACCCAAGAUAUUGGAUACAUAAUUCAGAAAGUUCAGAGUGAGAAAAAGAAAAUUGAAAAGUUGACUGCGACACUCCACUCUCUUGAUAAUCGGCCUUCAAGUAGACACGUUUACUUUGCUGAAGACAGUACGUUAAUUGACCUGAAAGAGGAUAAGCGAAUCUUAUUGGUCACAAUGUGCAGGAAAACAACUGCUUCCUACAGAGAGCUAGAAGCAAGGAGGAAUAGAGUCAAUGAGUUGGAGAAAAUCUAUACGGAUAUGGCAAUGCAGAAGGAAUUACAGAAAAAGGGUAGAAAACGCAAACUACGGGAAGAUGAGAUUGUCUGCCCAACGUCCAAACCUGUAUUCAAGUGGCGGGCUGAGCGUAAGCGUUGA